UUCGAUUCCGUGAUUCGAAUCAAUCCCGGAGUCGUUUCCGAUGCUGGAAUUUUGGAGUCAAUUAUUAUUCCGAUUGCAGAGCCGAUUCCGAUUCCGAAGCCGAUUUCGAUUCCGAAACCGAUUCCGACUCCAGGACCGAUUUCUACUAUAGAACCGAUCCUGAUUUCAGAGUUGAUUCCGGAGCCAAUUCCGGGACUGAUUCUGAUUCCGAUUCCUGGGCUGAUUUCGGAAUGGAUUUUGGAAACUGAUUCCGGAUCUACUAUUAGAAAUCGAUUCCAGCAUGCACUUCGUAAAUAGAUAUUUAUUUUUAUGAAUAGAUCCAGCAGUUUCUAAAUAGCUUUCGGGAAAUGCUGGUCGGACCUACCUUCUGGAGUCGGUUCCCAAAUUUUCAGAAUCGGAUCGGAGACAACUUCAGAUUUUUCUGGAACCUUUUCUCAUCACUAGAAUCGUCCUGUCAUUUUUGUACUAAAAUCAAAUUGUCAACAAAGUGUAUUUACGUGUGCAGAAUGUAAACAAACAGUAGGCACUGAAACAGUAAAAUCGCAGAAAAUAAGUUUCUGAGAAUGGUGAUUCAAUCAUCCAGGUGGACACAUCCUUUCUCGUAAAACAGAAGAAGCAUAAUCGCACAGUGGAAACAAACGGCACCGGCCGAACAAAAAUGGGAAACAACCUUACAGAACAAAUGGAUAUGGAACCGGCUCAAGAUAUGGAUCCAUUAGCAAUUGAUAGCGACACUAUCAAAUUCAGUGAAGUUUACAUCAAAACAGAGAUCUUUCCAUCGGAAGAAGAUGACGAUCCAUCUUACUGUGGCGAACCACAGCACAUCCUUCCUGUCUCUGCUGAUAUACAGCUUAAAGAGGAAGAUAUAUCGGAGGAUGAUGAAGCUGGUUCGAUGUAUCCGGAUUCUGUUGACGCCUUCGAACCAUUCUCUAUUGUUGGUGGAAAACAGCAAUAUUCGAAAGGCAUGUGCUCUAGUUGCUCUACUUUGAACAGAUAUUCUACUCCACCGAACGAAACACCAAUGGAGAGAGAACAGCGAAUUCGUCGAAAAUAUCAUACCUUUCACCGUAUUCUGAAGCUGCCUGACGAGGUUCGUGACCAGAAAUGGGCGUGCCGUUGCCCGCCAGAGUUGGGUAGUAGUGCCAUUAGAAAACAGCUUUCCCGGUGUGUUGAGGAUCACAAACAUUUCAGAUCCUACAUAUCCAGAUAUGACACACCGCCAAGGGAGAGCAAGCACGAGCGAAAUCGACGCAUAGCCAGAAAGAAUCAGGCGAUUUACAUGUAUCGGCAAAAAAUGCGGUCGAAUGGUAUCGUGUAUACAAUGAAAUCCAAGAGCGACAAAUCCUCCAAUAGCACUGCACGUGCUCACGACAGGGAAGAAUAUUUGUCCAAUGAUUCCGUGGCAUCAGCACCGACGCUAAACAAGAAAAACAACAGUAUCGCACAAAUGUCUAGUAAAAUGCGUUGGAAAAGCAUGCAUCCUUCCGAACGCUGGCUAUUAAGCGGUUACGAAACUCCACCAGACGAAACGAAAGAAGAGCGAAAGCGACGACUAGAUAGAAGGAAUCAAGCAAUAUGUCGGUACCGGAGAAAACUCAAGCUAACUGGUAAGAUGCAGACAAAGAAAUCAAACAAUGACAAAACAUGUACAUUUAAUAAUACUGCCGUUGCUUCUGAUGAUGAGGAAGAUAUGGGCAAUAACUCCGAUACAUCAAAUUCCGACGAAGAGGAUUCGAAAUACACUCAUCUUUCCGAACCGCCGCUACCAAGCGGGUAUGAAACCCCACCAGAGGAGACGAAAGAAGAGCGAAGGCGACGGCUGGCCAGAAAGAAUCAAGCGAUGUACUUGUACCGGAAAAAACUGAAGUUAUUUGGUAAGUUACAGGCAAAGAAAUUAGAGAAUGACAAAAGCUGUGCCAUUGCUAAUUCUGAAGUUGCUUCUAAUGUUGAAGAAGAUUUAACCAAUUACUCCGAGACACUAAAGACGGAACAGCAGAUAAACAACAUUAUCAUACAAUUGCCCAGCAAAGAAUGUGCAAAGAAAACGCAUCUUGUCAAACCGCCGCUACUAAGCGGGUAUGAGACUCCACCAGAGGAAACGAAAAAAGAGCGAAGACGACGACUGGUCAGGAAGAAUCAAGCAAUUUAUUGGUAUCGGAAAAAACUCAGGUUAAUUGCUAACAACGUGCACACAACGCAAUCCAAGAACGACAAAAGUAGUACCUCCAAUAAUGCGCAUCCUUCCCUACGGCCUCUGAUAAGCGGCUAUGAAACUCCGCCAGAAGAGACGAAAGAAGAACGAAAGCGUCGACUAGCCAGAAAGCACCAAGCGAUUUAUUUGUAUCGAAAAAAACUCAAACUAACUCGCAACGCGCUCAAUAAUCCUCAUCUUUCCGUACGGCCGCAAUUAAGCGGCUAUGAAACUCCUCCAGAUGAGACGAAAGAAGAGCGAAAGCGUCGACUAGCCAGAAAGCACCAAGCGAUUUAUUUGUUCCGGAAAAAAAUCAGGCUAACUGGUAAAGUGCAGACAAAGAGAUCCAAGAAUGACAAAACUUGUACCACCAAUAAUGCUACACUAGCUUCUGAUGAUUAUUUGGUCAAAAACUCCCAGGCAUCGAAGUCGUCGUUAGUAAUUAAAAUCAACAGUAUCGCGCAAUUGUCUAGCAAAAAGCGUUCGAAAAACACGCAUCGUCCAGAACGGCCGCUAAUAAGCGGUUACGAAACUCCACCAAACGAAACGAAAGAAGAGCGAAAGCGACGACUAGACAGAAGGAAUCAAGCGAUAUGUCGGUACCGAAAAAAACUCCGAUUAACUGGCAAUGUGCUCACAAUAAAAUCUGAGAAGGAAGAAACUUGUACCUCCAAUAAUUCUGAGAUGGCUGCUUCUGAUAAUGGUGAAAAAGAAGAUUUGGCCGUUGACUCUGAGGCAUCGAAAUCGGUACUAAUGAAAAUCAGCAGUUACGCGGAUUCGUCUGACGAAGAGAAUUCGAGCAAAACGAAUAUUUUCGAACCACCGCUAAUAAGCGGAUAUGAAACCCCACCAGAGGAGUCGAAAGAGGAGCGAAGGCGACGACUAGCGAGAAAGAGUCAAGCGAUUUGCCGGUAUCGGAAAAAGCUGAGGCUAGCUGGUAUCUUGCCGACGAAGAUAUCAGAGAAUGACAAAAGCUGUACCUCUUAUAAUUCAGAAUGUGCUUCUGAUGAUGAAAAAGAUUUGGCCAAUGGCUCCGGGGCAUCAAGAUUGAAAUUGGAGAUAAACAACAUUAUCACGCAAGUGCCCAGCGAAAAAUAUUCGAAAAAUAAGUAUCUUUUCGAACCGUUGCUCCUAAGCGGGUAUGAAACUCCACCAAACGAGACGAAAGAGGAGCGAAGGCGACGACUAGCGAGAAAGAGUCAAGCGAUUUGUCGGUAUCGGAAAAAGCUGAGGCUAACUGGUAUCUUGCCGACGAGGAUAUCAGAGAAUGACAAAAGCUGUACCUCAUAUAAUUCUGAAUUUGCUGCUUCUGAUGAUGAAGAAGAUUUGGUCAAUGACUCCGGGGCAUCAAAUUCGAAAUUGGGGGAAAACAACAGUAUCACACAAGUGCCCAGCAAAGAGUAUUCGAACAAAACGAAUCAUUUCGAACCACCGCUAGUAAGUGGGUAUGAAACUCCGCCAGAGGAGACGAGAGAGGAGCGAAGGCGACGACUGGCCAGAAAGAGUCAAGCGAUAUGUCGAUACCGAAAAAAACUCAGAUUAACUGGUAACGUGAACACAACGAAAUCUGAGAACGACAAAAACUGUGCCUCCAAUAAUUCUGAAUUUGCUGCUUCUGAUGAUGAUGCAGAAGAUUUGGCCGUUCACUCCAAGUCUGACGAUGAGUAUUCGAAUAACGCUCGUCUUUUCGAACCGGCCCUAGUAAGCGGGUAUGAAACCCCACCAGAGGAGUCGAAAGAAGAGCGAAGGCGACGUCUAGCGAGAAAGAGUCAAGCGAUUUGUCGGUAUCGGAAAAAGCUGAGGCUAGCUGGUAUCUUGCCGACGAAGAUAUCAGAGAAUGACAAAAGCUGUACCACGUAUAAUUCUGAAUUUGCUCCUGAUGAUGAAGAAGAAUUGGCCAAUGACUCCGAAGCAUCAAAGUCUGAUGAAGAGUCUUCGCAAAACGCGAAUCUUUCCGACCAGCUGUUAGUAAGCGGAAAUGAAAAUCCGCCAGACGCGAUGAAAGAAGAGCUAAAGCAACUCAGACUAACAGGUAGCGUGCAGGAAAAGAAAUUAGAGAAUGAAAAUACCUAUUCCUAUAAUAAUUUUCAACUUGCUUCUGAUGAUGAAGAAGAUUUGGCAAAUGAAUCAGAGGUAUCAAAAGAACACGAAGAGGAUUCGAAAUAUGCGCAUCCUUCCGAACCACCGUUAGCAAGCGGGUAUGAAACCCCACCAGAGGAGACGAAAGAAGAGCGAAGGCGACGGCUGGCCAGAAAGAAUCAAGCGAUGUACUUGUACCGGAAAAAACUCAGACUUACAUCGAAAUCUGAAAACGACAAAACCAGUACCUCCAAUAACGCGCAUCUUUCCGUACGUCCGCACAUAUGCGGCUAUGAAACUCCGCCAGACGAGACGAAAGAAGAGCGAAAGCGACGAAUAGCGAGAAGAAAUCAAGCAAUCUAUCGGUACCGGCAAAUGCUAAAGCUUACUGGCAAUGUGCACACAACGACUUCCGAGGAUGACAAAACCAGUACCUCCAAUAACACGCAUUCUUCCGAGACGAGACGAAAUAAGAGCGAAAGCGAAUAUUAGACAGAAGAAGGAAUCGAUAUGUCGGCACCGGAAAAAAAACUGACGUUAGCUGAUAACGUGCAUACAAAUUACUAGACAUCAAAGUAGUACAUGAAUCAUAGUAACCAUAUGUGAGAAAUAAAAUUAAGCUGGUUCUGAUCUUCAAA